AUGCUUUCCGCGGUGCCAAGGCUCGGGCUCCGCGCCCGCGCCCCCGCCCUCCUCCGCGCUCCCGUUCUCUUCCGCGCCCCCGUCACAACCAUCGCCGCCGACCCUACCGCGAAGCCCACCACCACGGUCGCCCCGGACGCCACCACCGCAAACGUCAUCUCCAUGGAGAGGGCAGUCUCCGAAAUCGCUUCCUCACAAGCCGCCAGGUUUGAUGUUCUUCAUAAGGAGACGCUCAGCAUGUCCACACAACUGAAGAAGGUACAGGCCGAUCACGCGAACAAUAUUGCACAGUGUCUGUGGUAG